AUGGCUUCAAAUGAAGAUUAUUCAUCAAGUACAUCAUCUGACGGUGCAGUUUUACAAAGACCUUCAAAAAUACUGCGACUGCAAUCAGACAGCGAGAAAAGUUCAUUGAGUAGUUCAUCGGAUAUGAUAAGAGCUUCCAUGGUACGUCGGCGCCGAAUUGAGUCUGACAGUGAAACUGAAGAUAGCGAUAACAAUGAAGAUGAUAUACCAGAAGAGUUUGAUGUGAAUUGGAGUAUUUACGUUAGCAAUAAUGAAGAAAAUGAUCCUAAAAAUAGAUUAUCUAAAGUUGCUCCUAUUAUCAAUCAUUUGAGUUUGAUUGACAGUAAUUUUAAGAAAUAUUAUAAACCAGAUGAGAUACUAUGCGUGGAUGAAUCCUUAGUGCCAUUUCGAGGCCGCAUAGUAUUUCGCCAAUAUAUAAAACAAAAACGUCACAGAUAUGGCAUUAAAGUUUUUAAAUUAUGUAGUGGGCCAGGAUAUACUUAUUCAUUUCGAAUCUACACGGGCAAAGACGAAAAUACAAAUGAAAUAUCUGGAAAUAAGUCGACUGAGAUUGUGAUGGCUCUUUGUCAAGAUAUUUUAGGCAAAGGCCACACUAUCUGCACAGAUAAUUGGUACACAAGCGUUGACCUGGCGGAAAGAUUAACUGAUAUGCGUACACAUUUAUUGGGUACUCUACGAAAAAAUCGGCGCGGCAAUCCAAAAGAAGUAGUGGCCCAAAAAUUAAAACGUGGAGAUGUUAUCGCGCGAGAAAAUAAAAAUGGAGUAACUAUCUUAAAAUGGAAAGAUAAAAGAGAUGUGUUGAUGCUAUCUACAAAACAUUCAGCAGAAAUGACAACUAUACAGAAAAGAAACUAUACAAAAGAAAAGCCAAAAAUGGUAGUUGAAUAUAAUUUAGGGAAAUCUUCAGUCGACUUAUCUGAUCAAAUGAUUGCUUAUAGCUCACCACUGCGUAGAACUAUAAAAUGGUACAAGAAACUGGCAAUAGAACUUUUACUAAAUACUUGUAUUGAUGAAAUUAGCAAUGUAUCUAAUGAAAUGCUCCGAUAA